UUAUUUCAAGUUCCGUUGGAGAAGGAAGGACAACUCGGAGGACCAAUCCUUGCACAGGAGGAGAUUAAGACCAUAUUUGGGAGCAUUCCGGAUAUCCUUGAUGUGCAUACUAAAAUCAAGGAAGACCUGGAAGAUCUUAUGAUGAACUGGACUGAAAGCAAAAGUAUUGGUGAUAUCAUUCUUAAAUAUUCAAAAGACUUGUUGAAGACAUACCCUCCGUUUGUGAAUUUCUUUGAAAUGAGCAAGGAGACUAUUACGAGAUGUGAAAAACAGAAGCCAAGGUUUCAUGCCUUCCUGAAGAUAAACCAAGCUAAACCUGAAUGUGGCCGCCAAAGCCUAGCUGAGCUGCUUAUCCGCCCUGUUCAAAGGCUGCCUAGUGUUGCUCUGUUACUGAAUGAUAUUAAGAAGCAUACAGCAGAAGAGAACCCGGACAAAGUAACUCUAGAGAGAGCUAUUGAAUCAUUAAAGGAAGUGAUGACACACAUUAAUGAAGACAAAAGAAAGACGGAGGCGCAAAGGCAGUUCUUCGAUGUUGUCUAUGAAGUUGAUGGAUGUCCGGCCAAUCUCUUGUCCUCUCACCGAAGCUUAGUUCAGCGUUUGGAAACGGUUGCGCUUGGUGAUGACCUCUGUGACAGGGGAGAGCAGGUCACACUUUUUCUGUUCAAUGAUUGCCUAGAGAUUGCAAGGAAGCGGCAUAAAGUUAUUGGUGCUUUCAAGAGCCCUCAUGGCCACACAAGGCCUCCUGCAUCUCUCAAGCAUGUUGUUCUCAUGCCUCUUUCCCAGAUCAAGAAAGUCCUGGACAUCAGAGAGACAGAAGAUUGCCAUAAAGCUUUUGCUUUAGUUGUGCGGCCACCUACAGAACUCAACAACAAGCUACUCAGUUUCCAGAUGACCACUGAAGAGCCUCCUAAAGAAGACUGGUUGAAGAUGUUGUGUCGGCAUGUGGCUAACACUAUUUGUAAAGCAGAUGCAGAAAACCUCAUUUAUAUUGCUGAUCCUGAAUCGGUUGAAGUAAAUACUAAAGAUAUGGACAGUACCCUCAGCAGAGCAUCCAGGGCAAUAAAGAAAACAUCAAAAAAGGUUACAAGAGCAUUUUCCUUCUCAAAAACGCCAAAGAGAGCUCUUCGAAGGGCUUUAAUGUCACAUAGUGCAACGGAGGGAAAAAGUCCCAGCUCAGCUAACGAGAGCUAUCUAGGCAGCAGACUGACUAGUACGUCAUCGUUAGCGAUUGCUCGUUCAUCAUCUUCAUGUUACCUAAGUGGAUCUGUCAAAUGUGCUGUUAAUGUUCAUCGCUCCAAUUCUGUUGGUUGGAGCUCUCAGAAUUCCAGGCCUCGACCUGUGCUGUGUCCUGGCUCUUCAAACAUUCAUCUUUUAAAUGCUGUAGAAGAAAAAACCUCUUCCAACUUGGAAAGCUUAAGUGAUCAUGGCUUGGACAGAUCACAUCCUAUCCCUAUUAUUGCUAUCACUUGUGAUGAUGCUGGAGAUAAGAGCCAGUGUGGUGCUGAAAGAUUCUCUACAUCAAAUCCUGACUGUUAA